UAUGAAACAUAUUAAUGAGAAAUUCAUUCAUUAUCACAGUCAAUGCUGCAAAGCAUUGACUGUGAUAAUAAAGAUUACAAUCUCAAUACAGUGAAUGCUGUUGACAGCACUGUGACAACAAGCAGCAACUGAACACAGAAAGGACGAUUGGAUCAGUAAAUGAGCAUAAACAGGACGGACAGAUUUAAGCUUGUUGCUACCUGCUUGCUCUGUCUAUUGUUCUCACAUCUGUCAUUUGUCUACGGUUUGUGCUGUCACGUUACCGUUUCCCAGUCUUUGUUGCAUUUUGUCUGUCAUGUCUCGUGUUUUUAGUUUGAGUUUAAAACAAAUUAGGUUGAUUAUCAAUUUCAGUCUGUGUUGUGUUGUUGUGCAUUUGGGUCCUCUCCUCCUGUUACGUUAGUCUGUCUAUUUGUGCUCUGAGUAGAGCUGGCCACUUUUAAGUUUAGUUUGUAUUUGCCUGUGUGGCAUUCAGGUUGGCCAGGCCUAAGCUCUAAGCUGAGCCUGGUGCAUUGAUCAGUUUAGGCUUCAGCAGCCUCCCUGGCAAAUGGUUCAUAGUGACCUGAUCCAUCUUUAACUAGAAGAACAAUUCUAAGCCUUACAGCCGAGGGGUGUUUCUAGAACCUGAACUAAAACUGGUUCCACAGAGGAGCUUGGCAGCUAAAGGCCUUGUCUCCCAUUCUACUUGUAGAACCUCUAGAACCACUAAUCCAGCCAGAUCAUGGCUCAGAAAAAUGCCAGUCACCUCAAAUUAAAUACAUAAGUGAGAUGGAGGAGUACAUACUCCCCACAAUCUCGAUGUGUGUAUCAUGACCUCACAGGCAGGGUGCUAAUGUCACAAGCUGUAAAGAACCAAGCAUCCCACCAAACUGAGCGGGAUCCCCGGUGGGAGUGUAGUAGCCUGGAGGAAGACAGCUGCCGUGUUCCAGCAAGUCCAGACACUACUGUUAAUGUUGGAGCAUCUGCUCCAUCCUCACACUAUCACUUCCAUCUCACACUUUGUCAUAGAAACAGCUUAACUCAACUGACAUGUUUGAUGAUUUACCAACAUAAAUGUCAAACAUUAGCAGAGAAGGCAAAUCAGCCCAUUUAUUGGCUAGUCAUCGUGUGUGUGUGUGUGUGUGUGUGUGUGUGUGUGUGUGUGUGUGUGUGUGUGUGUGUGUGUGUGUGUGUGUGUGUGUGUUGUGGGUUAAAAAUUCUUCAGAUUGGAGCAGGUUUCUUUUCACCUUUUAUAGAGCAACACUCCUGAAACUGUCCAUUAAAAGUAUUCUCACAUGCUGUAAGAAUGUGUCAUUCCCAUUUCAAUUCCUUUUUUUAUGGGGACUCUGUUUAUGAUGCCAUUCUGUUAAGCACGUUAACCCUAGAAUGACAGCAAUAACUGGUGAGUUGUGGAUCUUUAAAGCUUUUAUCACACUCCCAAAGGUUACUAGUUCAUCCUCCACAUACCAAGGUGGACACUGUGAUGGUUUAACACAGAAGGGGGGCUUGAAUGCAGCAGCUUUCCAUAAUGCAAUGUGAAGCAACAUGUCUAAAAAAACUCUGCACAUGUAACACAUGCCGAUCUGGGCCCUCAGGGGAGGGUGUGGGGGGGCACAGGGAGCUUCAGUUAAUAAAGCUAGAGGCAUCCAGAAAUUCAGCCUGGCACAACAUGUGAAGAGAAGUAAAAACCCACAGUAUCAGAAAAUGGACGUGUAUGUUACAGGUACAGGUGGUUUUAUCAUCACAUUUUUAUUUCGAAUAAAUGUAUUUAUAUAGUGCCAAAUCAUACAAAUCAUACAUACAAACAGACAAAUUUUACAUACAACAAUCCUUUAAUUGUAGCCACCUACAGAUAAGUUUAAUUUUUAAUUCCAAUGUGACAUCAACUGUGGUGGAAAAACUCCCUCUCUAACAAGGAAGAAACCUUCAGCAGAACCAGGCUGGAUGUGGGCGGCCAUCUGCUUUAGUCGGUUGGGGUGAGAGGAUAGAGAGAGAGAGAAAAGCACAACAGCAAGCAACAGCUGAGCACAAGCAGGAUAGUUGGAUCUGCAACCUCCCUUCACAGACACAUAGCCCUGAAUCUGAUGAUAUCUGUAGGUGAGAGGGAGAGGGAGAAUCACAACUACUGGAGAGAAAUAGACAAGGUUAGUAAAACAUAGAACAAUGAUAGGAGGUAUGUAUUAUAUACCACUAUUUAUUGUGAUGUCACUGAACAUUUCUACAGAGACAUGAAACCAUUGAGGAAGAUCCAACACAGCAACCAGGAACCCAACUGCAGGUUCUGCCAGAGAUUAUCUAUAGAUGUUUGUGUGUCUUGGCCUUUUAGAACCUUAGGAACCUAUACAGAGCCGGCAGGUUGUGUGUUGCUCAUCAAUGUAUACAGUGUGAUUUACAGAAAUGACUGCUGACAGUAAAAUAUGUGCUGUGUUUGGUUUCAUAUCUGUUUUCUCACUUUCCUCUGAGUUCCAUCAGCUUGUGAAAUGUUAGUAGAGCAGCUUCAGAGGGUCAAGAUGAAUUUUUGUGCUUUGUUUCACCUUAGUUGGCUCAUGAAUUAUAUAUCUGUUGUUAUCACACUUUUUAGUUGAACUUGUCUUCAUUCGUGUUGAACCUUUAGAAACUUCCCCCCUCACAGACAAAUAUGUUGAACAAAGAAGCAGCCUCUAAACAGCACCUUAACCUCAGACACACACUUAGCGGACACUGGGCUCAUACGUUACACACUUCGCAUGCAUCAUAUUCUUACCUGCAGAAGCUCUGUUCUGUGAGUGUUACUGUGAGUGUCAAAACUUACAGUAUGUAUACCACAAAACAAACUAAGAAAACAAAACAAACUCUUUUAGUUGAGAAGCCGGCUUAUGACAUUUUGGCAGACUAGCAGCAGGAAAAGGAACAAGGUUAUAGAUGAGCUAAAACACCUUCACUGGCUGAUGCGUGUUAUGUUACACAUAGAUUAUGACCUGAUGGACUUCUAAUAUACAAAAAAGGAGCUCUACUCAGACACACUGCCACACUAACAUAAUAACAAACAUCUGACAGACACCUUCAACACAUUGUAUGCUGCCUGUCCUCUAGUCCAAAGGCCUCAGUUUCAAAGGUAGGUUUGACACACAGCCAGUUCACACUUCUCACACUGCAGAAGAUCAUUUUGAAAGAGCUGUGACUUGCCAGAGCUUUAGCUCAGUGAGAACAAGUCCCUUCCUCAGUCUGAGACGUGAGAGCCCAACGCUCUGGUCAGUCAGCCUCAUUAGUUUCUCGUUGUUGCUGCUGUUUCACCAUUUAUAAGAAAUUAUUUUUGUUUUAAAUUAAGCAUUAAAACAAAAUAUUUCCUAUGUUUUAUUAUGACGACUUAAUCGUUUAUUUGACACGUGGGUAUGAUUGCAUGUAUUUGUUAGAUGAUUUGAAUGUACUGACUUUUAAAGUUAUGUUGCAAAACAAUUUGACCAUCAUCAAAACCUGGACCUUUAAAAAAUAAUUCCCUCUCUAUGGAAUAUUUGUAAAACAAUUUCAAGAAAUAUCAGUGAUUUAUGUGAGGAACUGGGUAUGAGGCCUUAUCUGGGCCUGUCUGUAUGAAUUAUGGGAGCAGCUAAUAGAAGUUCCUUGUGCUUACAUCCUCCAGGUACACUUUCUCACAGCCACUCAGCCGUCUCAAGUUGCCACUCAGAAUACUACUUCAUAAACCUCAGCUCUGAAACAUCCUAAAUUUUUCUUUUUUUUCUGCCCCACCUUUAAUGAACCUUGUUUUAGUGGAACCCAGACAUUGGACGACGUCUAUAUCUUCCUGUCUCCCUUGGCCUACAAGUCAAUUUUAUUAUGUACAUUUGUUCAGGCGAAACUAUCCUAUUGGCGCCAUGGUUCAUCUGCAGACUACUGCAUAUGAACCAUUGAGCCUAAGUAUAAAUCAAAACAUCUAAUAUGAAUAAUCACAGUAGUGACAGCAACACUAGUCAAGUGAUAAUACAGUGUGUGAUUGGUCAUUUAACAGCAUGGAAUCAAAUAAUCCUUAGUGUUAGUGAUUGAUUUUUGGUUUAUUUCCAGUUGUGUUAAGUCAAAUAUUUAGUUCUGAUAUUUCAAUGAAAAGGUUUGCUUUCAAAAAAAAGCACAUGAUUCAUUAGUCAUAGAAAGUGAUGGAUGAAAUUAUAAACAAAUGUCCAAACAGACAUCUCAUUAGUGGACUGGGUCUUUAACAGGAUUCUAACUGCAAAAUAGUCACAGACGAGUUUUUGUUUCUGAAGGUUUAUUGUGAAGGGACUAACAGGAAGUUUUAGUCUUGCAACAGGCUUGGCUUAGAAGCUGCAGUUGUGUGUGCCUCAGACUCAGCACAGCAGCAACGGUCAUCUCUCUGAUGAGAUCUGGACAUCUCACUGCUCACUACAACACAGGUACGUCAGGAAUCUACAAUAAGUAAAAUGCUAAUUUGUAGAUGUUCUCAUGUGAUUAAAAGCAGCUCCAGCUCUAAUUGGCAGACGUGUGUUGGAACUGUAUUUAUACAUUUACAUUACUCAGUUGUAACCUAGUGAACUGGUACAAAUCAUUGAUGAGAUUAUUUUCAAAUCAAUACAAGUCAUCAUCUUCAUAUCUUGAAUGAACAAGGUAAUUAUCACAGUUCUUGUAAAUAUGUAGGAUUCAGUCAAUUCAAAUGAUUCACACUUAAUUCUAAUAAUAUUGUCUACACAGCUCCAUGGGUCACUCACAUAAUCGACUUUGUCUCUGUUUUCUCUAUUUCUAAAACAUUUUCAUGCAAUCCAAAAAUGCAAAUUGAGUUUGUAGGAAACCUUUUUGCAGUUUAUUAAACUAUCUAUGAAAACAACUGAAACAGCUCGCAGGACUCAAUUAACAAUAAUAACAGUAGUAAUAAUAAUUGGUAUCACUAUCAGGCUUUUAAUAAAGUAGCAUAGUAGUAAAUGUGGGUAACAACACUGAAGUCAGACUGUGCCAAAUCUAAACAGGUACCAUCAGACUCAGGUGAUGCACAGUUACUGGUGCAAUUAAUCGAUCAAACACUACUGUUAAAAACAGUACUGGUUGUUCAAAGAUUAAUGGGUCUACGGAGCAGAGGUCAGAUCUAACCACUGAUGUCCAGACUGCUGGACAAGUGUCUUAACACAACUGUUCAUCCAUUAGCAGGUGUGUCGCCCUCUUGUGUGGAUGUCAAGUCUUUGCAGAACCACAAUCAGAAAAGUAUUUAUUGACAGACUGGGCAGCUGAACCAUGACCAUGAGGUGGUUGCUAAAGGUCUUGAUUAUUAUUUUGACUGUGUCAAGCCCAACCAGAAGCCAAAGCAGGAGAAGGAAAGGACAGAGACGCGAUAAUCAGAUCAUCUCUAAGGAAACUAAAAACCUGAUAUGUCCAGUGGAGGUCAUGUUCAUCGUGGACAGUUCAGAGAAAGCCAAAGCUCUGUUGUUCGAGCGGCAGAAAGACUUUGUCCUGCGUUUCAGCAUGAGGCUUGUGCAGCUGCAAUCCACUGGCUGGCGACUGCGUCUGCGUCUGGCUGCUCUUCAGUACAGCAGCAGAGUGUCUGUUGAGCACAACUUCAGAGACUGGCAGGACCUAGACGUAUUCCAGGGCCGUGUUGCUGCCAUGACCCUGAUCGGCCAUGGGACCUACUCGGCCUACGCCAUCGCCAACGCCACGCGGGUGUUUAGUCGUGAGACCUCGCCCAGCAGCCUGAGGUUGGCGCUGCUGCUGACGGAUGGAGCCGACCACCCUCGCAGUCCCAGUGCAGUGAUGGCAGCUGCCGAGGCCAAACAGCACAACAUCAGGGUGUUCACCAUCAGAAUUUCAGGCCCUCCCACAGAUGGACCCAUGGGUGCAAAGCUGCGCUCCAUCGCCAGUGCCCCCCCACAGCAGCAUGUUCUCAGUCUGACAGACAAGCACCUGGAUGACCGGCUCUUCAGUGAAAUGGGCUUAAUCAUUAAGGCUGGGUGCCCGCAGCCAAAGACCUGCCUGUGUGAGAAGGGGGAAAGGGGCCAUGCUGGAUUCUCAGGGAAUCCAGGGCAGCCAGGGUUUGAUGGAGCACCAGGACCAAAGGGCUCAUGUGGGGAGCCUGGCUUUAAUGGACACCCAGGAAUGCAGGGCCUCGAGGGGCGACCUGGCAGCAAAGGGGAAAAGGGAGAACAGGGUGAAUGUGGUGCCCAAGGCCAAAAGGGGGCAAAAGGUGCAGAGGGUUCUGUUGGCCCCAGAGGCCCCAGAGGAGAACAGGGAGACAGUGGAGAACCUGGAGACCAGGGCCCAGAGGGGCCUUCUGGAUAUAAAGGUGAGAGAGGAUCAAGAGGUGCACCUGGUCGUCCAGGAGAGAAUGGUGUUGGACUGCUUGGUCUUAAGGGUGACAAGGGAAACCAAGGAAGAUCCGGUCCACCUGGACCAGUAGGGAUUGGUGAACCGGGGAUGCUUGGUCCAGCAGGACCAUCAGGAAUGCAGGGAUUUCCAGGAUUUCCAGGUGAAGGUCUCUCAGGGCCCAAAGGUGACAGGGGGUAUGAGGGUCCUAAAGGUAGGCGUGGACCUCCUGGAGUAGGAUAUAAAGGUGACCAGGGAAACACAGGAGAACCUGGGCUUCCUGGUUUGGUUGGCUUUCCAGGGCCAGGGAUUGAAGGACAAAAGGGUGAGCAAGGGCCACCUGGGCCUGCGGGUCCCAGGGGACCUCCUGGACUUGGUUUAGUUGGAACAAAGGGUGACCAGGGUUUCCCUGGAGAGCCUGGUUCUCAGGGAGCGAGAGGUGUUGGAGAACCAGGAUCAAAGGGAGAGCCAGGACCUGAUGGGGCUGCUGGGAUACCUGGCAUUCCAGGUGAAGAUGGAGUUGUUGGACCUAAGGGAGAAAUGGGACUACCAGGGACCCGAGGCUUAGAGGGAGGACCCGGGAAUGGCAUCCCCGGAGAAAAGGGAGAUAGAGGUGACCGUGGGCCAAGGGGGCUUUCAGGAUCACCUGGCCCAGUUGGCCCCACUGGAGCUAAGGGAGAACCUGGUGGUCCAGGCAUGGUGGGUGUACCUGGACCUGUAGGACGGGGCCUACCAGGCCCAAAGGGAGAGCCUGGGCCCAUUGGACCAACUGGAUUUGUUGGAGAACCUGGAGUAGGAAUCACUGGGAUGAAGGGUAACAAAGGCAAUGCUGGGCCUGUGGGGCCAGCAGGGAUGAUGGGAGACAGCAUUCCAGGGCUGACGGGGCUCCCUGGCUCACCAGGACUGCAAGGAGAGAUAGGUCCUGAAGGGAAAGGACUACCUGGACCUAAGGGCGACAGAGGCUUACCGGGCGUCCCUGGGCCAUCAGGGCCUUCUGGAAUUGGACUUUAUGGACUGAAGGGUUCUACAGGACCGCCUGGUCCUCCAGGUCUGCAAGGAUCUUCAGGAGAAGGUGUCCAGGGACCAAAGGGAGAGCCUGGCUUUCAGGGGUCGUCGGGUCCUAGAGGGGCACCAGGGGAAGGCCUUUCAGGACUGAAGGGGGAUAGAGGCCUUACAGGAAACCAAGGAAAGAAAGGAGACAAAGGAGACUAUGGAGAACCUGGAUCUACUGGUCCAGUGGGACGAUCAGGUGACAAAGGGGAACCAGGACUGACAAGAGAAGAUGUCAUCAGAAUCAUCAGGGAGAUUUGUGGCUGUGGACUGAAAUGCAGAGAGAGUCCCCUGGACCUGGUGUUUGUGGUGGACGUUUCUGAAAGCGUGGCACCAGUAAACCUUGAACUAGUCAAAGACUUUGUCAACACCCUUAUCGACCAGAUGCUGGUGAGCCCAGAGGGCAGCCAGGUGGGUUUAGUGCUCCAUGACUUAGAGGUGAUCAGUCUGCAGCAGCAGUCCAGCCAGAGUGACCUCAAAGUGACUGUGAGGAGCAUGCCCUACCCGGGCGAGGGUGGCUCCACGGGCCUGGCCAUCCACAGAGCUAACCAGAUGUUCACAGCGCUGCGGCCUGGAGUGAGGAGAGCUGCUGUUGUUUUAACAGAUGGGCAGACUAAAGCCCAGGACCACAUGCAGCUUCAACAAACCGUCACCGAGGCCCAUGCAGCGGGUGUGGAAAUGUUUGUCAUAGCAGUUAUAAACAAGACUGAUCCUCUCUACGACAAGGUUCUGACCAAAGUAAACAUUAUUGCCUCUGAUCCCCAUGACCAACAUGUUUUCCUCAUCGACAACUUCUGGAAACUUUCAACUCUGGAGAUUAACAUACUGAGUCGGGUCUGUGAGUUUGACCAAAUGGUUUUUCUGCCAAGUUUUCCACUGGAGGAAAUCCUCCCUGAGACUCCAAAGGAUCAUUACACAGACUUCCCAGAGGAUGACCAAGAUCAGAGACCCAAUGACAACACCAAGCUGCCAGUGGCAUCCCAAAACAACCUGCCAAACAACACGCUUGCAUCACCUGGUGGCGGACAGAAGUCGAGGCCUGGGGUGGACCCUGUAGUGGCCCCAGAGACACCAGCUCCUUCUGUGUUUGAGGCCAAGAGCACAGAGGCUCCAGUCCUCUAUAGCGCUCCAGCUCUGACACCAGUGCCCUCACAAGAUGGGGGGUGCAGGAAGCCUUUGGAACCGGGUCCUUGUCGACUGUAUGUGGUCAAGUGGUACUACGACCCUGAGGCUAAUGCAUGUGCCCAGUUCUGGUACGGAGGCUGUCAGGGCAACGCUAAUAACUUUGAAACAGAAUCCAGCUGCAGGAGUUUCUGUGUUUACACGUAAUAGGUCUCAUGACAGGGUUACUGUGGAUUUCCCAAACUCCAUUGACAUCAAUAAGGAACAGAAUGGACUGAGGACCUGGACUGUAGUGAGGCCAGAUGCUGUGGGAAAGACGUGGAGAGCUUCCUCCUCAGCAGCGUUCACACUGUGUCCUUCUGCCAGGUCUGACCUCCUGUACCAAACAUUAUCUCCGUUACUUGGCCUAAUCCUCAGGGCCCUGUUUCACAAAGAAGGGUUAAGGGUAGCUCCUGUUCCAUACAACACAGCUCUGUAGUGGUUAAGUCUGCUGAUUUACUUCAUGGUUAACAAACCAUGAUCAUGUGCCGUGUUUCUAUGCAGAUGAUGUAGGUGUGUUUCUCUGUGCCAACUCAGAUGAAAUCAUAAAAUCACAAUCAGUAAUAUGAGCAGUUCUGGUGAUACAGCUAAAAUGAGACAUGGUGGGAAUGGAAGGGCCUGUAGCAUAGACCCGGAUGGGGCCUGGUUGUUGAGCUGAACACUUCACGUUUAUAACUACUGUGACGAAUGCUGUUUGUCAGGCUGAAGUAGAUGUGCUGGUUUCUACCAGCUUAGCUCAGUUCUGUGUGAUGUGUUGAUAUUAAACUGUUUGAUUCAAGUUCUGAACAAGAGCAUGACCCUUCUUUGUGACACAGAGCCCAGAUACAUUACGGCAGAGCCAAAGUAUCAUAGUUCUAGAUAAGAGCAGCUGCCGAUAGAUGAUUAAUGUAUACUAGCAUUGUCUUAGGUGGAAACGCAAACGUUUGUAUUAUUGUUUUGUAUUUUUAUUCUGAGUUGAUGUCAUGUUAAAAUAACCCAAUAAUGCGAAUAAAGCCAACUGCAUACUCCUGUUAGUAACAUUAUUAUGAACUUUUGUUUUUACUGUUGAAUUAUUGGAUGGUUUGGAUGUUCUUGCUGCUUGUACCCAUUUGUCCUUUCAGUGGCCUUUUUAUAAUUUACAUUUUAGUUUCAUACUGUCUGUAAUGUAAACAAACAGGGUUGUGUUUUCUGAAGGGUGAGUCAUUCAAACUUUCUUUUUUUCAAAACAAUGUUUAAUGCUAAUGCUAAAAGAGGCUGACAAAAUACCUAUUAAUCAACUUUGACAUAUGGUUGCAAAAAUUUCAGUUGUUUUCAUGGCGUUGAUAAAAUGUUGAAACAACGUUAAUACUAACAGUUGUAAAAAGGUUGACAAAAUGCUUAUAAAUCGACGUUGAGACAUGGUUUUUGUGGCGUUAAUGAAAGGUUGAAACAACAUUUAAUGCUAAUGGUUGUCAAAAGGCUAAAAAAUAUUAAUUGAAAUUAAAAAUAUAUUAAUAUUAAAAUUACAGAUUGUCUUCAACACUUACAGCGCCACCUGCUGUAAAUUAACAAAAUGAACAAAUGACUCAAAAUGUGUUCACUUUACUGUUUUGAGAGUUAAAGAUUGGAGUCUGUUAAAAAAAUGGAACUUCCCACCUCUACGUUUUCACCUCUCUACUCCAGCAUUAAAUAUUGCCUGUUCUGCAACUAG